AGCUCAGGGUUGCAGCAGAGCAUCUGCUCUUUUCUCCCCUCCUUUUUUCUCCAUAACAACAAAAAGCAUCUUCCAUCACCACCACCACCGCCACCACCCCUCCUCCCAUCUUUUUUCAAUCUCUUGUGUGUUUUCUUCUUCUUUUCAUCUUCUUUUUUUUCUUCGCCGAUUCCGUUUCAUUUGAGGCCACUUGCAUGCAUUGUACGUCUCCUAAAAUGGUUUGCGAGACUAAAAUAGUUGCGGAUGAGCACGAUGCCACCAUACCCGGGACCAAAAAAGAGUCGAUCAUUGUUUCCUCUUCUCAAAUGUGGACUUCCACGCCUUUGCCGGCUGAGGCUGCCACUGCCGCCGCUGACACGGUAGUGGAGAGUGCCGGCGAAGUGGAGAGCAAGGAGCCGCCUGGAAGAGGGCAAGACAAGGUGUUCAUUCGGGAGUUUGAGCUUGCCGACCAUGGCGAAGUUAGGCGCAUCUUCUGCGAGGGCAUCAUGGAGCGGAUCCCCAACUCUGCCUUCCGCGGGCUCCGGCAACAGCCACAGACCCAGUUUCUCUACGCCAUGCUGACACUCAUGUGCUACAUGGUGACCAAGUCCCUGCCGCUGACCUGCUGUACCCCGUUUCUCCUGAUGGGGGCGCGUUACUACUACAGCCGCCGCGUCAUCCUGGGCUACCUGGACUGCGCCCUGCACACUGACAUGGAGGACAUUCAGGCCUUCUACAUGAAGCCCACAGGCUCCUGUUUCUGGGUGGCGGUGCUGGAGGGCCGCGUGGUCGGCAUCGUAGCGGCGCAGGGGCGCGAAGACGACAACACGGUGGAGCUGCGCCGCAUGUCGGUGGACCAGCGCUACCGCGGCAAGGGCAUCGCCAAGGCGCUGGGCCGUCGCGUGCUGGAGUUCGCCGUGCUCAACAACUACUCGGCCGUGGUGCUGAGCACCACUGCCGUCAAGCUGGCCGCACACAAGCUGUACGAGUCGCUGGGCUUCCGGCACACCGGCGAGAGCCAGGACCACACGCUGCCCGGCACGCCGCGCUCCACACUCCAGAGCCUCUUCUUCCAGAUCCGCUACCAUCGCUACCGCCUGCAGCUCCACGAAGAGUGAGUGAGGCGGCUGACGGGACGGCGUGGCGUAGCGGAACGGGACGGGAUGGUGCCGUGGUGGAAGGAAGGCAGAAACAAAGAAAGGAGGAGAAGAGGAGAAGAAAAGAAGAGAGGGGAAGAAAAGGAGAUCUAGCUGAAGAGUGAGACGGCUGUCGCGAUAGGACGGGAUGGGAUGGCUGAUGGGAUCGGGGUUGCCAGAUUGGGUGGUUUCCCGCCCAAAUGGGCUGUUUGGCCAUCUGCGGGUUAAAAAUAAGCCCAUUGCGCGGGUUUCCUGUAGAUUCAUGGCCAUAGAAAUCGAUAGAAUUCAGUUUAAAUUGGGUGGGAUUUAAUUCCUCCAGUCGAUUUAUUGAGCAUUUGUUGGGCUGGAAAUCACCCGUCAGAUCUGGCAACCCUGGAUGGGAUGUCGCUGUGGCGGCUGAUGGUAGAGAGGAGGAAGAAAAGAGAUACAGCUGAGACGGAACGAGCGGAGGAGAUGUGUGACGGAGAGGGUGAGAAAGAUGGGGGAGGACAGAGAAAGAGGAAGAAGAGAGACAGAGAGAGAAAGACGAAGAGAGAGACGGAAUCUCUAAAGUCGACAGGCAACAACCUUUGGCUACCACUCCACCAGAAACCCUUUUGACCCUUCUUUUCUUUUCCUCAUUUUUUUAACUUUGUAUUUCAAAAGGAAAAAAAAAACAUUAUGAGUGUUCAGGCAACAAGUCUACAUCUGUACAUUUUAGACCACGUGUUAUUUUUUCCCCCACUUUUAUCUUGGGUUUUAAUGUAUAUUUUGGUUUUCUACUGUGGAACAAAAUGGGACCCUUGGUUUACUUUUUUCUGUAUAUUGCACUUGUCUUUUCUUUUCUCUCCCUCUCAACUCUUCAUCCUAUCAUUCAGCCCCACUGUCAUUCAUCUAAGCUUCAUUCCUCUUUCGGCUCACCGUCAGUUUUGGCAUUCCCACCGAAACACCCCCAUAGUCUCCUCUUUCCCUUGUCUAAGGGGGCAGGAGGGAUUCCAGCUCUAAACUUUUCCCAACAAAACCCCCUGCAUGCGACCCCACUUUGCCCUGCCCACAAACUAAGACCGGUGGCCAUUUUGUUUUGGGCCGCCAGCUAGGGAUCACACUGACUAAUGGUAUUUUAUUAUUAUUAAGAUUAGAUUUGAUUCCCUGUUAUUUGCUCUGAUAGCAGAAACGUUUGAUACUGCUAGCAUGACUGAUUGCAAGCAGCCGAGUAUUGAUUCGAAAUGAACUUGGUUCAACUUUGAAAGCGUAAUGUGAUGCUUGUCAAUGUCUGUAUUAAGUCUCUUAUUUCAGACGUUAUGAUUUAUUAAUGCAGAGAGGCCCUGAACGAGGAUGUAAGCUUCUUCGUGAGGACUGGAUGUCCCUCCAUUUUGACAGAUACCUCUCACAGCAUUUUUGCAACGCUCCAGAAAUGUGUUGAAAGAAACUACAGGCCGAUUGACAGGCCACUUUGUUUGUUAUCAGUGUGAUCCCUGACUUAGAGAGUGGGCCGAUGUAUCCACCACCACCGCCACCUCUCCUGUGGCAUUCCAUCACCAUGGUGACCAUUUUUGAACAGUCGUGUGGGAACGUCAGUGGCCCCUGUGACACAAAUGGCCGCCAUGACUGAAGCACAGCAAGACAUUCAUGUGUGUGUGUGUGUGCGUGUGUGUGUGUGUGUGUCUGGGAGAGGGAGAAGGAGAUAAGUAUGCCUCAGUAGGCCUACGUUGCCUUCUUGUCCAGAUUUCUCUUCCUGUGACUUGGUUACAUUCUCUUAACAGUUGUUUAACAGUAAAACCUGUACACCUCUUAUCACCUUUUAUCACAGAUGUCCUUCAUUAUUUAAACCCACCACCCCCCGUCCAUUUUAGAACCUGUAUGAAUCUAAUUUGUAAUGUUUUUAUUUUUAUUUUUUUUAUUUUUAAGAAAACAAUGAAACAACCCCAAUACCACCACUCACAAUAUGAAUGUUGAGAGCUUAGCAGAGCCAGCUAGUUAGCUAGCAGUUAGCAGGUGUGUCACACACACUCUCUCUGUUUUGCUCUCUGUUAUACAUGGCAGUGGAAGAAGGUAUCCAAGACUACAUUGAUCUCAGCAUUUAUGACCAUUGUCUCCAUUUUAGACUGCAGUUUAUGCAUGCAGUGGGAAGACAUUUCAAUCGACUGGAUGCUCAGUUGAUUUGAAUGAAAAGGGCAAUCAAUUUACAGUACUAUGUUGAUGAUUGUCUGUUUUCCCUCUUUAACAGAAGCUGUGAUGUAUCCUCCCGUUUAAGCCACGUUUCAAAUCAUUCUGCUGUUAAAGAGAGAAAAGAGACAAGUUUUCUUCCCCCCACCCCCAUACACUCACACACACACGUUUUCAGUUGAAAGUGUGUGAUAAAAAGAGCUAAAUACAUUGCAGCCAUCUGUAUACUUAGAGGUUAGGUAAAUUUUUAUGACUCGUUUUGAUAAUUUUGUUCUACGGACAUUUUUCGAAAUUUGUAACUGUGUUAAUAUUGGACAAAAAUGAUUUGCAGAUUGAUAUUGCUACAUUUAAAAGCAAUAUGUUUAAAGACAGCGUUGGCAAUUUCUAAGCUAUUGGGGAUAAAGGCUUGGAUAAAACACAAAAAUGUACAUGUCUUCAAAGACAUCUGAGCACAAAAAUUCUUGAAUUAUUUGGGAUGUAUGACAAAUAACACUAACUAUACUACAUGCGAUAUAAUACUGAUAUUUAUAUGCAUAUAUGAAUUACACAUUAUAUGUAUGCUGUGAAAAUGCAUAUCGCCAUGUCUCUCUAUAACCCAAAUGAACCAGCAAUGGGAGAGACACUACAAGCCUCAUUUGUGAUAUACUUCUGUAUAAAGUUACUAAACCUGAAAUGUGAUCAUUAAUAAUGAAUAAUAAUAAUAAUAAUAAAAAAACUUAAAAAAAAAAAAAAACUUGCGUAGAAGUACAAGAAGUAGUAGUGCAAGAAACUACAUGACCCUGCAGUCUUUCCCUGUCUUGACUUUAACCUUAACCCUCUCAUGCCUCAUUUCAUGGAUCUCACUGCAACCCUGAGCUAGACCCCCACCACCACACAGAGCCCCCAACCCCACCGCACCUCACCCAUCCCCCUGCUGCAUGCUCCCCCAUUCAGCCUUGCUGUGCUGCCUCAACCCACCUGAGCUCAACGCCCGAUCCCAUUGUGUCCCUUCUGUGAUGUCAUCGCCGCAGUGGAGGCACUGUGGCCCAAUCAUGUAACCACAAAGGGCCUGGG